AGCCCAGGGUUUUCACGCUCCCCAUAAACACCACUGUGGUAACUAGCGAGGGGCAGGGCCGGUGAUUAAGGGACCCUUUCAGCGCCUCACCUGAUCUUCCAGGAGUUUCCAGCUGUCACCUGUGUGCGUGGCAUUCCAGCAGCAUCAAAGCAGCGCACUCAGGGCAGCGGGAUUCAAACUACCCAGAGAGACUUCGCGUUAUGAAGCAGCCAGCAGAGGACUUGCUUCUAAGGGUUUUUAACAGAGGCAGACUACGCUCUGGAAAUUGUGCUGUGUCGGGUCUGAAAGGCAGUUUGGGGAGAGCCGCUGUAGCCCGUCCACAUCCCCUUCCACCCCUGUUUAGCUCAGAGAAAGCUGGGCAGGGGGAACGCACAGCGCCGGCGCCCGAGGCGGGAAAGCAAACGUUAUCCUGACCCUGGUCCUUAGAAAUCCACUGACAACAGGAAGGAAGCUGAUUAACCCCUCUGCUCCCCCUCCUUUUCCCCGGGAUGAGACCCGGCUCCUCCUCUCGGUCGCGCGACCCUGGUGUAAAACGCGAGCAGCCGCCUGCUUUCCGCACCCUGUGCUCCUCUCCCAUGAAGACGCAGGAGGGAGGAGGCUGCCCCAAGCCGAGCCCAGCAAAUCUGUCAACUCGGCGUGAGCAUCCCAGGCCAGACGACCCGGACCCCGCGACCCUCGAGCGGGCCGGGCAUCGCAGGCGCCGCGCUCACCUGCCUGUCUGCGUUGUUUGCCAUCUGCACCCCAACUCAGCCUGAUCCCCCGAGCCCCAUAACACGCCAGACCCCUGUGCCUCGCGCAGGUGGCGCAAACGCCCCUGUUCUCCGGCGCCCCCUGCCGGGGACAGGGACCGCGGCCGCGGAGGAGCCGGGCGCAGGGCGGGGAGAGGGCUCCGACGCCGGGAAGAAGCCGGGAGCGUCCCCGAUGGUGCCGCCACCUCCGAGCCGGGGAGGAGCGGCGAGGGGGCAUCUGGGCAAGAGCCUGGGUCCGCUGCUGCUGCUCCUGGCGCUGGGACACACGUGGAGCUACCGAGAGCAGCCCGACGACAGCGACAGAGAAGUCUGCUCAGAAAACAGAAUCGCCACGACCAAAUACCCGUGUCUGAAGGCUUCGGGCGAGCUCACCACGUGUUUCAGGAAAAAGUGCUGCAAAGGGUACAAGUUUGUUCUUGGACAAUGCAUCCCAGAAGAUUAUGAUGUGUGUGCCGAGGCCCCCUGUGAACAGCAGUGCACAGAUAACUUCGGCCGUGUGCUGUGUACUUGUUAUCCGGGAUACCGGUACGACCGAGAGAGACACCGGAAACGGGAAAAGCCCUACUGCCUGGAUAUCGACGAGUGCACCACCAGCAACGAGACACUGUGUGCACACAUCUGUGUCAACACCUUGGGCAGCUACCGCUGUGAAUGCCGGGAGGGCUACAUCCAGGAGGACGACGGGAGGACAUGCACCAAGGGAGACAAAUACCCCAAUGACACUGGUGAGGAGGGGCAUGAUGAGAAGUCGGAGAACACGGUGAGGGAGGAAGCCUGCUGUGCCACAUGCAAGGAGUUCCACCAGAUGAAGCAGACGGUGCUGCAGCUGAAACAAAAGGUUGCCCUGUUCCCCAACAGUGCCGCUGACCUGGGCAAAUACAUCACUGGGGACAAAGUGCUGGCCUCAAACGCCUACCUUCCAGGACCUCCUGGCCUGCCUGGGGGGCAGGGCCCUCCCGGCUCGCCAGGACCAAAAGGCAGCCCAGGCUUCCCGGGUAUACCAGGUCCUCCUGGGCAGCCCGGUCCACGGGGCUCAAUGGGACCCAUGGGACCAUCUCCAGAUCUGUCCCACAUUAAGCAAGGCCGGAGGGGCCCUGUGGGUCCACCAGGUGCUCCGGGAAGAGACGGGUCUAAGGGGGAGAGGGGAGCACCUGGACCCAGAGGGUCUCCGGGACCCCCUGGUUCUUUCGACUUCCUGCUACUUAUGCUGGCUGACAUCCGCAAUGACAUCGCUGAGCUCCAGGAAAAGGUGUUCGGGCACCGGACUCACUCCUCAGCCGAGGAGUUCCCUCUACCUCAGGAGUUUUCCAGCUACCCGGAAACCAUGGACUUCGGCUCUGGAGACGACUACCCAAAAAGAGCUGAGACAAGGGACUUGGUGGCCCCCAGAGACUUUUACCCUUAGCACAUCCCAAUAUCUUCAUGCCAAAGGAACAGAAGCAUUUUUACACCUGCAGUUAAAUCAUCUAAAGAAAAAAAAAACACUGCUGGAAACCUAAAAAAGAUACAUUUUUAUUUUUUCUACUCCUUUCUUGCCUUCUCUCUACUCGUCAAACUACAAUUUUUAGGGCCUCCCCACUAGAUGUACUAAAGACAUGAGGGAGCAAUUGAUUCUGAGAGCAGUCAGGCUGGUCUAUGUUGGAGCUCCGCUUUUACAUUCUUCUCCAGGAUAUCUGAGUUAAGUACUAUACAGACUCUUAAAUUUGACCGAAUAAAAGGGGAUAGUGGCAAGGUGAGCUCAAAGAAAUGUGAGGUUACUUAUAAAAGAAAACAAAUUGGUAUGUGUCCAAAAGAGACCCUUACUCCUCAGUAUCAGAAUUAGGCCUCUUCAAUUAGAAGGAGACAACAGCAUAUAUAUUCACUUUGGUGGAUGAUUCUUUUUCCUUGUUGAUGUAAUAGAUUUUAAAUAUUCUAGCCUCUUGUCCAACCUUGUUCCCCAAUUUUGAUUAAAGAAAGAGAAUUAAGAAGGAGCAGAGAUUAGGGAAGACAGAAAAAAAUUACAGUUGUAUAUUUAUUCUCGUCUAGGUCGCCACAUUCUAAAUUCAAAUAUGACUAUUAAGGGUUCAGGCCACACUCAUCUAUAAGUAUCCUAUUCAGAAAAGAAAGUUACUCUAGCUAUAGGAAUAACUCCUCUUUUCAAAACUAAGUAAGUGAGUGAAGAAGUGCCCUGAUUCACAUUAGAACAAUGGGCCCCUGGUUUGCCAGGACAUUGUAAGGCUAUCUGAUCCAAGGAGAGGGCUUGCUCAGUAAAUCAUGGGUUACUUAUUAAAUAAGAUGGCUGACCCUUCGAGCUGUGGUAUUCCCUGGCUCUGACCGGGUGCCCAGAGGUGCCAUUAGGCCAUGACCCAGGCUGAAACAAUGUUCAGUGGGACUCGGGGCCGGAAGCAGGUGGCUGGCGUGGGCUGUUGGGGUGGGGGAAGGGGAUUCUCAGGCAGGGACCCCACUAAUCAGCAGAGGCAGGUAAAUUUGCUCUCCUUGGGAGUUAGAGGUCCUCGUCUGGGGCCUGCUCAGCUCGCCGACAUCGAUAGUGAUACACUAUUGGAAGCUCUCUUAGAUGUGGAGGAAAAAAACAACAACAGUUUUCCUUGUUUGGCAGAAAUUUCCUUCCCACUAGUCCCAUUUUGUCUUAAUUUUUCAUACUUUAGUCCAAAUUCCAGUUCUUGCAGGCCUCCUUCUUCAUUUCUCUUUUCCAGUAACUGUGGGAUGCAGUUGGGAAAGGGGUCUACUCCCAAACCUCCCACCCCAUCAGCAUUGGCUCAGACACCUCUGGGUCCUAGAGGGAAGCAGAUUCCAGGAAAGGCUUUCUCUGUAUCCACCAAGUCAGGAGCAAGAGUAAGUGCUCAGGAGAGCAGCUGGUGCGCCUCCUCCUUUGUAAGAUUGUUGGAGAACCUCUUGGUUUUGACGGGCAGCUUCCCAGUUUCCUCAAGUCCAUGUUCUCAUUUGACACACGGAAUGGCUUUUCAUCCACCUGUGCAGGACACCUUCACCCUUACCUUGAACCUCACCAAUGAUCAUUGCCACAACUCAUGCUUGAUGGCGUUGGGGUUCCCAUUUCCCGUUCUGUGAUUCCCCUCUAUAUCCCUGGGAGGUUGGGGUUUAGUUUUCUUUUUCCAUCGCUUAACUUUCCUCCUGGGAAAGCUUUUUGUUUCUUUGUUUAAAGAGACCACGAUUGGUGCUUGCGUGCCACUUUUCAAUCUUUUGUCUUCAGAACGAUAGGAAGGGCUUCCGUUUGUGAACCUCAAGUGGCAACAGCCUUCCUUCCUUGGUUCCCGUCAUGUUAGAAACACGGGACUCCAGUCAGUCAGCCGGUGGCUGAGUUUUUCAUACUUUAUUCCACUGUAUCUUCCUCAUGCAAGAUCCCCACGGACUGUCCACUGAAAUGUUAUAGCCGAAAGUAAGCACAUCCUCCACGCCCCUUUCCAGCUUUUUCCCUUCCCCUCUUCAGUAUCUCCAGAACCCAGUCUUCACAGCACAAAGCCUCACCAACCAUGGGUUUGUGAAGACAUGAGCUGAGCAUCUGUUGAGUCCCAUCCAGGAUGUAUUUAAUGUUUGCCUGCUUGUGGAACACAGUAUUUAAAGGGUGUGGAUGGAUGAAUGCUAAAGAACAUUAUGCACGGGCUCUAUGAGACACGAUUAGGUCCAUCUUUGAUUUUUUUUCUUUCAAUGAGGAGUUGUAUUCCCUUUUCUUUUUCCUAAUGGUGAACUGUGUUUAGAAAUAUAAUCUUCUUCAUUGCGAAAUGCUCAUAAAGUGUAACCAAACUGCAUGUUUGACGUGCAGAAGCUAAGAUAAAUAUAUUAAAAGAAUGAAGUGCCGGUAGGAAUAGCUGAGAUUCAUGAGAUUAUUCUAGAUAAUAUUCUCCAGCAAAACACACAAUUGUAUCAUCUCAUUCUGCUGGAUCAGGUCAAUUUAUAAAGUAAUUAUUCAUCUUCAGAUUUUCAAAACUUGGACUAGGACCCCAGGACUCAAUAUGUACUCUGUGUGCCCACAUUAUAUUUUUCAUGGAUAAUGCAUAAUAAGGCGCUGUUAUUUGUGAUGUAUCUUUUAGUUAUAGAAAGCUUCACUGUCUAAAGAGGCUGUCUGCUCAAAACUGAAUGGAAAAGCCAUUUGGGGAGGGUGGGACUAUGCCAAAGGAUAUAGGGGUACAAAGGGAAUGCUGCCUUCUCUGUCUUUCUGUGUUAAUUCCAAAACCUGCCACAGACUGGAUUGGCCAACUGAAGUCGUUUCUACUGCAUCAACUCAGACAUGUGUGUCCACAGAUUAAAUAGGUAAUAAUAAAUGCACAUUGGCAUGGGGAAGAAGUAUUACCCCACCAAAUACCAGGUGAAGGGCACCCUAGUUCUGGUCAUGCUCCCUUUCUAGCAUUCAUAACCACUUUGGCCUUGUGAGCCCUGAUUCCAGUCAUGCAGGGGAAGAUGUUCUCUGUGACUAGGUGCCAGGCAUCUCCUUGGGUUGACAGCAAAUCCCUCAUGAUACUUUGGGUGUCACUCCCGCUCCCUCUCUCUCCCCACAUCAUGCUAUCACACAGAGAGACAGCAGCCUCAUUGUGCAAACUUAACAUAUUUCAUUUGGAUAAUCUUCUUGAAAAGGACAUUUGUUUUCAGGAAUCCGGGCCAAACAACUAGUAGAAUAGAGCCAUCCAAAGUUAUUAAUAAUGAAUUCAGGGAAACAGAUGAAAUUUCUCCUGAUAUCGUCAGCAUGUAUGUUUCACAACAAAUCAAAAAAAUAAUUUUCCAUUUGAGGGAAAAAAAAACACAAUUAUGGCCAUAAUUGUUAAAGCAUAAAAUCUUGGACUUCACAAGCUCCUUCAACAAAUAGUACUGCUUUAGAAAAAUCAUAGAAGAAAAGACCCUUUUAUACAUCCCCCAGGGACCUCAGCAUUCUUUCUUAGAUCCCCAAAACGAGUGCUCUGGGGAGUUCCACGUUUGUUGUCAUGCUAUGUUUACUUGCCAGUGACUAGUCAUAGUCUUCAAUUGCCAUGUUCAUUAUUUAUAACAAGCCCAUAUAACACUUGAGCUAGUAUUCAAAUAGUUACGGAUGUGAUACUAUGAAGUACAUUUCAUAAGAUUGUAUAUGCUUAAUA